AGAAACCAAACAAUGCAGUGCAACAAUGUGACAACUAUCCCCAAAGGGCUACUGCAGCUUCAGGGCAGUUUGAGUAGCAUGAUGGACAGCCUGUACUAUGACCCCAAGGUAACAGUGCACCCAGUCUCCUCUUCAGCAACACUGUUACAAACUCUUGGCAUCAAAUUCUGCUUGACAACACCUUUCACAAGUGACCCCACUUCCCAAUUUCAGAAAACUAUCUUUACUGUCCUAGAUGGGUAUUUAAGUUCUGGUCAAAUGACCCAAAAAGAACACGAUUUUUUGGCUAUUCAACACCCUAAAAUUGCAACUUUCUAUACUUUGCCGAAAUUACACAAGGACGUUACAAAACCUCCAGGGCGCCCUAUUGUAGCAGGCAUUGAUGCAGUAAUAGCCCCUUUAUCGACCUUUGUUGACUUUUUUGUUAGACCUCUCGCUGAACAGCUCCCCCCCCCCCCUUUUUUUUUAAAGGACACCAGCAGUAUGAUCUCUAUUAUUGAAUCUCUUGAUCCUCUCACUGAUAAUACCUUGUUAGUUACUUUUGAUGUUGAGUCGUUAUACGAAUAUUCCACACGAGGGCGGUAUUGAAGCCAUGGAACAUUUUCUUCUGCAACGUGACCCAAAUGAACUACCUACCAGUGCAUGCAUUAUAACAUUGGCUGAAAUAGUACUCACACACAACUACUUCAUGUUUCUAAAUGAUUUCUUCAUUCAGACGAAGGGUACUGCUAUGGGAUCCCCUAUGGCUCCUAACUAUGCUAAUUUGUAUGUGGGUUACAUUGAGAAACAGUCAAUUUUCAAUAAUUUCAAAAUGUUUUCUUGCCUAACAUUAUUAUAUGGAAACGGUACAUUGAUGAUCUUUUUGUUCUAUGUAGGGGUGAUUUAAAACAGCUCCAGUCAUUCCAUGCUUUUCUUAACUCUUGUUCUGAGCACCUGAGAUUUACUAUGCAAUCUGACACACAUCAAAUCAGCUUCCUUGAUCUUCUGAUUUUGUGAGGAUAAUGUUCUAUACACUGAUCUUUACAGGAAACCUACUGAUCGUAACAGUUUGAGGGCAGAUAUUUGUCACACGCUUCCCUUGAAAAACAGUUUGCCCUACAGCCAAUUCUGUCGAAUCAAAAUAAAUUGUAAAAAACAAUCAGAUUUCGACCGAAAUAUGGCUGAGACGCAAAGAAAAUUCAAGGAGAGGGGGUACAAAAAUUCUCAAAUUAAUAAUGCCAUUGAGAGAAAAAAAAUAAUAAUCUAGACUUGACCUCUUUCAGGGACAGUCUCGCAAAAAGAAGCAUUCUUGCGUUCUAACUACACACUAUUCAAAGUGCUCUGAACAAAUUUAGGGAAUCGUUCACAAACAUUGGCACAUUCUAAGAUCCGAUGACAGUAUUGGUAAUGUGUUUUCGGACCCUCCCUUGGUUGUAUUCUCGCGGGGCAGAAACCUCAGAGAUCAAUUGGUAAACUCGGAUUUACCACCCCUAAAUAUCCCUGCACAACGUCUAUUUUCGCCUCUACCGGAUGGAAACUACAAGUGUAACGGUUGCACUCAAUGCAAUGGCACUUACAAAUGUAGAUCCUUUAAACACCCCCAAACAGGGAAACAGGUCCCAAUCAAAGGUGUUAUUACGUGCUCCACUAAGGCAGUAUUUAUCUUAUAACUUGUCCUUGUGGUAAAAAAUUAUGUGGGUAAAACAAAGCGCAAAUUAAAAGUAUGAAUCUCUGAGCAUCGUAGCACUAUUAGGUGCAAAAUCUCGACAUACCCAGUCGCUGCCCACUUUUUGGAAGCGAACCACUCGAUUUCGUCCCUACGUUAUAUCGGCAUCGAACAUGUCACCAUCCCUAGGAGAGGGGGUGACCUCGACAACUUAUUGUUAAAACGAGAGGCUGCCUGGAUCUUUAAUUUAAAGACCCUUGCUCCCUUCGGUUUCAACGUAGACUUUGAUUUGAAGCCAUUCUUGUGAUUACUGUGAUUUUGCUAUUCAUUGUACAUGUUUGACAGCCUAUGUAGCCAAGUUGUAUAUAUGAUCGUAUGCUAUCCAUAUUUUUUGUAUGUUCUGUUUAUCUGUGAAUUAACCAAUGGUAUUAGGCCACACCCGGCCAUGUUACAGACACCUCCGUGUGUCCUUUGACACUAUAUAAACUAGUGACCCGCUGUGUUUGUCAUUAAACCCUGAUGAAGACAGCUUGUCUGUCAAAACGUUGGUUAUUAGGUUAUUAAAUGAUUGCAUCUGAGCUCCUAGAGUGUGCGGCUUUCCUUUGCUUUUACAAACUCUUGGUCUAACAGUAACAGGCAUGUAGGGACCUAUUACUUCUUAAUAGGACAAGAGGUAAUGUGAAGCAUGUUCACUUCCCUUCUCUCUCCUUUCGCUAGGUGGCAGAGCUGAUGAACACAUCAAUGGGGCAGUACCUCAAUGGCCACCCGUUCUUAGCCCUGGCUGUGUUAGUAUUUGGCGCCAUGGCCACUGUACCCAUUGGGCUUUUCCUGGCCUUUGCCACCGUUACAUUCAUUGGUGCCACUGUGGGUUUCAUUUUAUUGGAGGGUAAGUCCCUACACUACCUUUACUAUACCCAGCUGUGUAGUAUAACAACUAGCCUGAAUGCCUGUCUAUCAAGGACAAUGAAGGUGGCUAAUACUGAAACCCCUUCUCGCUCUUGUUUUUCUCAUUCUUCCUGCCUCUCCCUCCAGUGUUCCUGCUGUCCCUGGGAGGGGUCAGUCUGCUGUGUGUGCUCUCUGCUCUGGCCAUCCUCGCCAUCCUGGUCUCCUUGGUCCUCGGUGCCUGUUACAUUACCUCUUCCAAUGUGCUCAACUUCUACUACAGCCAGCGGUAUCAAAACACGCAGCCUGGAGUGAACACACACACAAACAUAGGCCCUUCAUUGGAGAUUCUCAUUCUCUCCCUCUCUCACCCGCUUCCUUUCUCUCUUUCACCCAGUGUCAGUAGGUACCGAGUCACUAGGUUGGCGCCUGCGACAAAUAUAACAGUCAUGGAACAAGAUAGGUGUGUUCAACAUAACACAUAAUUUGGUUGAUGAACAAAUACUGCUUUCUAGAUACAUCAUACAAUGUUUUCUCAUAAAUGUAGUGUCCCUUUAAUAUAAUACUCAAGUUGUUUGUUCUCUCCCCUACUUUAAAGUCUGACAGAGAAGAAGAUGAUGAUGAAGAAGCCUAAGGGAAGCCCAAGGUUUAAGAAGCUGCAGCGUCAGUGAUGGAGAUGGCCUUCUACAGACACAAUCAUAUACUGAUCACUGCACUGCAGUCCUCUCACUGGCAGAUAGGGGUUCCUCUAGACUCGAGAACUAGAGGAAAACCUCAGCUUGACUUUUCAUUAAAGGCCCAAUGCAGCUAUUUUUAUCUCAAUAUCAAACAAAAAUAGCUUCUUAGCAA